CUGGUUGUAGCAAGUUUAAAGAUGUAUUUCCUCAUUUUAUUUAUUAGUUGCUUUUCUUUUUCGGUUGCUCUUAGCAACUCAAGUACAAGAUUUUCACUUUCUCUGAACGGCCUUUGGCAGUUCAGGUUAGAUGAACAUAAUAGCGGUAUAAGCGAUAAAUGGUUCAAUUUUGAUUUUAGUGCAGAUGAAUACAUUGAUAUGCCAGUUCCAUCAAGUUUCAAUGAUAUAACUGUCGAUCGUAAGCUGAAAAAUUAUGUCGGAUGGGUGUGGUACCAGAAAACUUUUAUGAUUCCUUUGAUGUGGGUCAAUAACAAACACAUUGUUCUCAGAAUUGGCGGUGCACAUUAUUACACUAUGGUGUGGGUCAAUAAUAAUUUGGCUGGGGAACAUGAAGGAGGGCAUGUGCCUUUUGAAUUAGACCUGACAAAAAGUUUACCACACGAUGUUGAAAAGUGUGUCUUAACCAUAGCCGUAAACAAUACCUUAAAUAACUACACAAUACCCCAAGGUUAUUUGGUUUUUGAGAAUGAUACUACAAGGUAUCCAUCAGGGUAUAAAAACUAUUAUCACAAUUUCGACUAUUUUGAUUAUGCAGGCUUAAAUGGAAAUGUUGAAGUAUAUGUAACAAACCAAAUAUACAUAGAUGACGUAUAUUACAAAUUAGAAAGGAAAUUGAAAAAAUGGUACGUACACUACUCAAUAUUGUUGGCGCCAACGGAUAUCAGUGGAGUAGAAUGCACAGUCAGACUAUGCGAUAAAACUGAAGUGUUUGAUGUUAAAACAGGUUGUAAUAACACAUUGCAAAUUUUAAAUCCAAAACUAUGGUGGCCAAUUUUUCAUAUGAAUAAAACUGCUGGAUAUAGAUAUAAAUUGACGAUUACACUUAAAAACAAAAAGGGGGAAGAGUUAGACUACAUGGAAGAACUGAUAGGCUUUCGUGAGCUAAAAUGGGAUAACCAGUCGUUAAAAAUUAACGAUGAAAAUGUUUAUUUGCGAGGUUUUGGAAUGCACCAAGAUUCAGAGAUGAGAGGACGAGGAUUUGAUUUUGUCCAACUCACAAAGGAUAUUAACCUUUUAAAAUGGUCGCAUGCAAAUGCUAUAAGAACGUCUCAUUAUCCAUAUUAUAAAGAGUUUUUAGAAUUUGCAGAUAAAAAUGGUAUAAUGGUGAUUUUAGAAACACCCGCCUGUAGUUUGAACCUUUUCGACAAUCAAAUGUUCAAAAAUCACAAGAAAGUGCUUAAGGAGAUUUGGUCAAAUUAUAAACAUCAUCCUAGCAUUAUAAUGUGGUCAUUGGCCAAUGAACCUCUGUCAAAUAACCCUGAUUCAGAAGGAUAUUUUAAAGAGUUAGUAAAAUUUAUGAGGCAGAUAGAUCCAACAAGGCCAAUCACAUUCGUAACAAGCCAGCAAAUAAAUAAUGAAAAGGCUGUACAACAUGUCGAUAUCAUCUCGUUAAACAGGUACAGCGGUUGGUAUCAAGAUGGUAGUAAGUUAGACAUUGUGGCUUACCAAGUCAUUGCAGAACUUACUCAAUGGAAUGAGAAGUAUUUGAAACCUGUAUUAAUGACUGAAUAUGGCGGAGGCUCUAUAACAGGCUUUCAUUCAUUGCCAUCAGUCAUGUGGAGUGAGGAGUAUCAGAGCGAUUUGCUGGAAGAACAUUUUAAAGCUUUUGACUGUCUGAAGACCUUAGGAUUUUUUAUCGGAGAAAUGAUUUGGAACUUUGCUGAUUUCAAUACACCAGAAGAAUACAUUCGACCCGGAAGAUGCGCUAAAGGUAUUUUUACAAGGAAUAGACAACCUAAGUCUGCAGCAUUCAUCAGUAGAAAAAGAUAUGCAUCAAUGAUAAAUGCAAAACAUUGUAAUUGUGAAAUUGGUUUACAUAAUUUCAUCACUGAUUGUUAAAUAAAACAAUGCAACUUUUAAA